AUGCUUUCGGAGGAAAAAUGUGAAGAACUCUUAGCUUACAAGCAUCCGCAGAAGCUUAAAUCCCCACGCCAAAGAGCACUGUAUAUCUGGAAACUCUAUGAUUCAUUUGAGAUUUCUGGUCCCCAUGGAUUCCAUCAAUAUUUCAAAGUAGACAACCUGAUGCUCACUGUUGAAGAUAAUCCUAUGAUCGAGGAUUUGUAA